AUCCUGUCACACAUCACAGCCUCAUUAACAUCUGGAGCAGAAAGGACAACAACUCUGUCCAGCACUGUCCACCACGGCCUGGGACAUAUGAGCACUUGUCUGAGGCAGAGAGGGUGGAACUGGGAGAGAGAGAGAGCUUUGGGGUCAGAGGGAUUGCAGUGUCAGAGAGGGACUCAGAGUAAAAGAGAAGUGGAGAUCAUUUGCUGGUGAACUAUCCCACCAACAGAAAGCUGUCAUGUUUGGUUGAACAACCCUCAAAGAGUUCUCACUCUUAAAAGAAACAUCCAUCUGAAUUUCAUCAAGUACUCAAGGGACAGGGAAGGCGAUUUGUUUCAUUAUGAACAGUGCUGCUAAUUUAAUGCUAGCAGCGAUUUGUUUCAGUGUGACGUCAGCUAUUUAUCUCCCAAAUGGACAAGGACCAAAGACGCUGAAGUACCUGCUUGAGCCACCUGUGUAUGCUGAAGUAAUUGGCCAGCGGGGAGGAAAUGCCACCUUGCCAUGUGUGCUACAAUCCAAACCUAACCAGUACAAAGUGAAAUGGACCAAACUGGAAACCCAUAGUCAUGGAUCUGAGAACAUUGUGAUGAUCACAAAUGGUCAAGCCCACAAACCAUAUGGCCUGCUAGGGCAAAGAGCUUCACUUAGAAAGGCUCAUGCCAUGGAUGCUUCACUACGGCUAAGCAACCUGGAACUGGACGAUGAAGGCAGUUACCGCUGUGAGCUGAUCAACGGAGUCGAGGAUGAGAGCGUCAUCAUUACAUUGAGGAUAGAAGGUAUGGUGUUUCCAUAUCAGAGCAAAAAUGGCCGCUACAAAUUCAACUACCAGGAAGCUAAAGAGGCUUGUGCUGAACAGGACGGCACGUUGGCCUCAUUCAAACAGCUGUACAAAGCCUGGACAGAAGGGCUGGAUUGGUGUAACGCUGGAUGGCUCAUGGAUGGGACAGUCCAAUACCCCAUUCUGCAACCACGGGCAGAAUGCGGGGGGAAACUGCUGCCUGGCAUUCGCAGCUAUGGCCCCCGGGACAGGAUCCGAGACCACUUUGACGCCUUCUGCUUCACCUCUAUUUCCACAGGUAUUGUGUUUUUUGUUGGUGGGCCCCUCACAUUUGGGGAAGCAGUGGAGGCAUGUAAGGAUGACGAAGCAGUUUUAGCUCUGGUCGGCCAGCUUUAUUCAGCCUGGCAUCUCCUGGGCUAUGACCAAUGCGAUGGAGGUUGGUUAAGGGAUGGCAGUGUGCGCUUCCCUAUUACCACCCCUAGAAAGCACUGUGGCGGUACUGUAGAGGCUGGGGUGCGCACUUUCGGGUAUCCCAACAAGACCCUGCGUUUCUAUGGAGCCUAUUGUUACAGGUAGCUCCCUGAGACCAUAGCAUGUGGGGCCUACUUCAAAAGCUAGACUCUGCAACGUUGUGGAGACUAGAGACCCCAACAGGCCUCAGCGUCGAAGUCUUGCAGAGUCCCGUGAUGAAAAGGCUGGGAACUGGUUUCUAAACAACACCAAAAUAUACAAGCAAAAAUGUGCUGCUUUGCAUUACUGCAGCGUGGUAUUGCAGGUAACCUCAAAGAUGGCUUUUGCCAUCACAUCAACAAAACUUGGUACUUUUAUGAGGUACAUACAGGUAACAGCUACGGUAUGUGGCUUACUGCAUUUUGGUAACAUUUAUUUUGUGAUCGUGGUUAUCUAAGAAGCAUUGUUGAAAUGUAACAAAAGUGUUAAUAUGCAACAACAAGUUCAAAGUUAUUGUAGCUUCUUAGUUGAUAUAAGAGUAUGAAAUAGAAGAAUGUAAGAAAAUACACAAAAUAAUUACAUCUCUAAUACAAUAAAUUAAGAGUAAUUUAGAAAUAGCAUUAAAAUAUAAUGAAAUUAAAAUCAUAUUCACAUAGAUAAUACAUUAUAACCCAUUCAUUUUAUUAUCUAUUUGUAGAUAAUAGUAAAAAUAUUAGUUUUAAAAUUAGCAUUAUUUUAUUACUUACAAACAAUAUUAACAUACAGUAGUGCUUUCACUGGAUCUAAGACAUUGACUUUAUUGAUGUAUUAUCGACACAUUACCCACAAAAUUAAAUUUUUUAACACCAGUGUUGACAUUUUUACUUUCACGUUCUUAGUGAUUACGUUGUUAAGAGAGAAUAUAGAUAACAAACGUUGGACUCUGCCUAUGUCCAAAGUAUUUUAAAGCGUGUAAUGGCUUUAACUACUAUAAGACACCUGAAAAACAAAGCACCAGAUAGCAGGACAUGUUUGGAAAAUGUAAUGGGUUGAAGGAAUUUAGAAGAUAUAGACUGAUAAGGGGAUUGUUUUCAGUUUGUCAGACCAGCUGAAGUUGAGAUUUAGGGGCACUUUACUAAAACCCGCCAUCAAAACAGAAUACAGGCAUCAGUGUCAUUCUAUACAGUGCCCUGUGCUACUAUUGGGACAGCAUUGCAUUUUUCCUGCUUUUGGCAAAGUCAAAAAGUUUGGAUUUGAAAUCAAACAAUGAAAUCAAACAAUAUAUACAUAGUCCCCCUUUUAAAAAAAACAAAGUAUUAGGUUCAAUGUUUUUACUAGUUAGUCAGGUGUGUUUCAACACAAUUUAUGUCAAGCUGUCAGUCUCUAGUCUUGACUUUAGGUUUUGCCUCUGGGGUCUCCUGUUGGUGUCAGGAGGACCAAAUCGUUGUCAGUUAAAGUCAAUGAGUGAUACAGGAAAAUCAUAUAUAUUAUUAAUAAUAAUAAUAAUCACAAUAUUUAUCAGAGACCCAGCUAAAACAGAAUGCUGACCAUAAUUAACAGUAAAGACUACUAAAUGUAUGUAGCCAACAUCAUUUCUUUUGAAAAUAACAAUAUUAUCACAGAAAUUUCAGAAAUGCUUUUCGAUGACACACUAGCUAACAUUUUUAUGUCAAUAGUUAUCACAAAACAUUGACAACCUGCUGAAAGGAUUAUUCUGCACAAGGAGAUAUAUUUCAAAACUGCUGUUGGAUAUGCUGAUUAUAGGGGGUUCUACGCUACAGAAGCUAUACUGCAAGGUGCAAAGCACUAAUUAGUCUCAAAACCAGAACAGGGAGGUUAUAGUUUGCAAAAAAUUUCCUUAAGGAGCCUGCAGAGUUCUGGACGAAGGACUUGUGGACAGAUAAGACAAAAUUGUCCUGGAGAAAUGUAUAUCCAGAUUUAAAUCCUAUUGUACAUGCUGUCUUAUUUGCUGAAUAUAAGACUUAAGGCAAAAAAAGCAUAUCAAACAUCUAAGAAUGGCUGCAGUACAGGCCUGGCAGAGCAUCACCAGGGAAGAUAACCAGUGCCUGGUGGGGCAAUGGGUCACAGUUACUUACAAUUACAUACAUUAAUUUUUGCCUGAAAGGGUGACUAUUUAUACAAAGUUUUGUAAUUUUUAAAUGGUGAAACCAAUAUGUACACAAACACCCUUCAAUAAAAGCAGAUAUUCUACACUUUAA